UUACAUAUACCCUAUUACACACGCAUACAGAGGAACACAAACACAAACACGAACAACAAUACAUGAUACGCAAAAUAUACAAGAUACAGUUACAGGACGACGACGAAAUGGACUCGCAGGGGAGCCAGGACUCGCAGGACAGCACCCUGACCAUCACCGAUGAGAACAGGAGCGAGAUUCUCUAUUUCGCGUACGGAAGCAACUUGUCGACGGAGCAGAUGCGGCAGCGUUGUCCUUAUUCUACAGCUGUCGGGUUGGGGAAAGUUACGGGGUGGCGGUGGGUUAUCAACACGAGGGGAUAUGCAAACAUUGUGAGGGAGAGCGAGGAAGACAUUCCCAUGGAAGAAGAAGGGGAUAAUGAGAAAGUCGAACAAAAGGGGAAAAGCAGGAUGGAAGAAGACACAGAGAGCCAAGUAUACGGCAUGCUCUACCUACUACCGGUAGAAGACGAAGAGCGACUAGACCGAUACGAGGGCGUACCCUGGGCCUACGAAAAGCUUCACAUCGAGGCUUCUUGGGUGAGCAACACGGACAGGAUCGACGGGGAGGAGCAGCGGGUGGAAGAGGAGUUGACGCCGGUGAAGGUGCUGGCGUAUGUUGAUAGGCAGCGCGUGACGGAGGGGAGGCCGAAGGAGGAGUAUGUGGAGAGGAUGGAGAGGGGGAUUGAGGAUGCGGUUGAGAAUUGGGGGAUGAGUGAGGAGUAUGCGGAUAGGGUGAUGAGGCGGUUCUGGGUGGAUGGAUGAGGAGGACGAUGAGGAGGACGAUGAGGAGGAUGGUGGUGGUGAUGGGGAGAAUGUGGGAUUAUGUAUUGGGAUUAUUUAGAUAGAGCUGGGAUGGGGGAAUUGGCUUGUUUACACACUCGCUACUCAC